AUGGCCGACAAACUCGAAGCCCCGUUCACACCCCGACCUCUCCCAACGACUUCAGCCGCUACAUCGCCAACCUCAUCGCAACAACUCAAUCAUGUCGUCCUUGACACCCCAACCCUCUCAACGCUGGACUCCCUCCCCACCCUCGCCGGCCGCGGCGCCACCGCCUUCCUCGCCAACGACGACAUCCCCGCCUUCCUGGCGCAAGACCUCGACCUCUCCCGCCUCAACGCCAUCCACGCGCACCUGUGGAUGGCGGGCCGCCCCAUGCGCGCGCGCCCCCUGCACCGCUACAAGAUGUACGCCUACGAGCCCCUCGCCACCACGCAAAUGGACCUGCACCUGCUGCGCUUCUCCAACAAAAUCCUGCUCAAGCCGCUGCCCGACUACCUCCUCGACGCCGCCUUCUGGCGCACCCACCUGACCUCCCCGCCAUUGUGGGAAGCCGCCGCGGGGCUGCUGCUCAGCUACACCUGGCUCCUGACGACCCCGCUGGACCUCGCGCUCGCGCACGCCCACGCCCUCGUCCCCGCGGCGCUGACCUGGGCCUGGUGGAAGCCCUUCGCGAGCGAGGUCCUGCGGCGCCUGGGCCUCGCCGCGCACGCCGUGAACCCGCGCUUCGCGUUCGGCGAUCUGCGGCUCGCCCGCGUUAAUUCGAUCUACCGCACGCGCUUCUUCGCGACGCAUUUCGUGAGGGGGUAUUUGUACGGGUAUAACCGCUACGCGCUGUUUUUCGAGCGCAACGUCGCGUGGCUGCUCGUCGUGUUCGUGUUCCUGGGCUUGGUUUUAAGUGCGAUGCAGGUCGGGACGGCGCUGGACGAGUUGAAUUCCAGUCGGGUGUUUUUAAGGGGCGCGUUUGGGGUCGUGGUGCUGUGUAUGGUGUGUGUGGUGGCGGUGUUGGGGGGUGUUGGGGUGGUUUUCGCGGGCGUGUUCUUUUGGAAUAUGGUGGCUGCGGUGAGGCAUGCGGGGAGGGAGGAGAGGGAGAGGCGGAGGGCGAGGAAGCGGGGGGGUGCGAAGGAGGUUUGA